UCCAACUGCAUUGGGGUCGCUUACUCCGUGGUCAGUGACCGAGUGCUGUAUAUUUGUUGUCGCCGAAAACGUAUCGAACUUAAAUCAGACCAGGAACAGAGAAGAGGUUCUUUGACAUGGGUGCGACCUCUUCAUCGCAGCGUUUCGGCAAAUUCGAGGAAGAAGAUGACGAACAAAAUACAGGACCGAAUAAGGCACAAGAUGACAUCGCUGAGGACAAGUUGCUACAGAACAAUGGGCAAGACUCAGGCCUGAAAGAGAAGAACGAAAAUCAGUCUGAGGAGUUAAAUGGCCACUGUGAGGAUAGGGUCAUUGGAGAUGUUGGAUCUGGGAUUGUGACACUGAAAGAAGAUGGUGUUGAGAUAGAAGAUCUUCAAGGUUAUGUCUCUGAGACAAAUGCUGAUAAUGUAGGCAAGGAAACUGUUAAUGCAGAUGGCAUGACAAUGAAAGAGGGAACUGAGGCUGACAGCAAACUGAAUGACAUUGAAGUUGGCUUCAAAAAAAUAUUCAGAUUUGUUGGAUUUAAGUUCACUCUGAAAAAAGACAAGUGUGACACUACUGCUUCAGAGGAGCGAGUCACAAAUAAGCAAUAUGCAAAAAUCACAAGUCCUUCAAAGGAUUCCAAUGACACCACAGAAGAGAGUUCUGUCUGCAUAAGGGAAAGGGAUGCAGAAGAGAUGCAAAAGGAGUCAAUUAAUGGUAAAAUAAGUGUUGAGUCUAAGAACAGUGACCUCUCUCCAAAGACAGACAGUGAAAUGCCAGGUGGUCAAAUCUCAGAAAUCACAGAUUAUAAUGAGCAAGUCAUUCCUGAUAAAGAACUGGUGAAGGAGGUCCCAGCAAGCCUGGAGCCUGAGGAACCCACUUCCCAAAUUAAGCGAUUCUUCACACAAGGAAUCUGGCUUAGUGUAAGAAAGAGAAGAAAAGGGGAAGAGGCUUCAAAAGAGAAUAGACAUGAAGAAAUUAAAAUAACUGACAAAGAAGAAGGUGAAACAUUUGAUAGGGCAGCACAGGAAGAUAGUACAUGUGUAUGUCUAGAUGUGUUUAAUUUUACAUUUGAAGAAAGUAAAGAUUUACAGGCCGGUGAGAGACAUGAGGGCAUGUCUGUAGUUGACGAAGCACUAAUGAAUCCCCAUGAACAAGAAAAAGUACAAGAUAGUCCAUUUAGGAGGAUUUUUAGGUCUUUUUCAAGAAGACAGAAAGAAACAAAACCUGUUGAACCAAAUUUGAUCAACUCCAGAGAAUAUCUGAAUGAAAGUCUUCUAUCAUCCACAGAAUUAAUGAAGGUCCAAAAACAGGAAAAAGAAGCAAAGGUAGAACAACCGAUGCCUACUGAGGAAGAGCAGGUUACAGAUGCUAAGUUUGAAGAAUCAAAAAAGAAAUUAGACUCAGCAGUUUCCUGGGAAACCCUGAUAUGUGGUGGGUCUAUCAAGAAGAGGUCCAGAAAAACAUUUCAUUUUGAUGAUGAAACCCAAGACAAGGGAGAUGAGCUCAAAAAUACAACAGAAUCACUAUUUGGAAGCUCCAUUGAAGGUGAUUUUGAUCAUCUAUCAUCUUCCAAUGAACACACUGAGAGUCCUGCAGAAGGAGAAGGUGGAUCCACAUGGAAAUCACUCAAAAAACUAGUUACUCCAAAAAGGAAGGUCAGAACAGAAGAAAGUGGUUCACCUGAGCAGAUACCUUCAGACAGUGAGUUUUCCAAAGAUGAAUCUUCAUGUUCUAUAAAGAAUCUUAUCUCAAGACGAAAAAAGAGGACGUCUAAUGGGUGGCAAGAACACUCAUCCUCGGAUGAAACAGGCAAAGGCAUAGCAACGGACACUGAAGAUGAUGACACACCAGUGGUUGUUCCACUAUCUGAAUAUGAAAUAAUGGAACCCGAAAACCUGAAAGAGAUUACUGAGAGUACAGGCAAAUUUACAAUUAAGAAAGAGAUGUAUCCCAUGACUGAAGAGGACAACUCUAAUGGAAAAAAUCUUUCACUGACACUUUCAUAUGCUGGUGGACCAUCAUUUAUACCCAAUCCCCCAAAUUAUGUUGAAGACCUGACAGAAUUCAUAAGCAAACAUCAGCAACUCAGUGACAUUCCAGAGGAAGGAAUUAUCGAGGAAAGUGUUCAAACACCAGUAUCCUCUACUGAGUGGACAACUCAAGAUGACACGUUAGCUGAGGAUAUUAUAGAACUGACAGCUGAUGCAGUGACUGCCCCUGAACCCACAACUGAUCACUUUAAUGAGGAUGAAAAUACUGAAAUGGUAUCAGCAGUUUCCCACCUAACAGAGUCCCCUAAAACAUCUAGAAAUAUAACACCAGCACCAAGCCAAUAUGAUAUGACAGAUGCAGAUGUAGUGCUUCAGGAAGUUGUUGAAACUAUCUGUAGGACUCCAAGUGUUCUGUCCUUCAAAACAACAGACAGAAACCCAGAAACUCUGUUAGUCUCAGUUUCUCCAUGUGUUGUAGAGUCAACUGUAUCACAUAAGACAAACGUUUUAGUUGCCCCUGAAAAAACAGAAGUUACACCAAUGUGUAUAGGACUUGUUUCUCAGGACAUUGACGCUGUUGAAGAAUUUCUUUCUUUGCCCUUAGUUGAAGGAAUUCAUGAGACUAAUGAAGCUGUACCAACAGAAUUGGUCUGUAUAGACUUGCCAGAAGAAUCCAAGGCAGUAGGGAUAGCAACAAAUGAGGUCUGUGAGUUUGUAGUCAGUGAAUUAGAAUCUGAAUUCCAUGAAGCAGUUUCAGAUGAUAACACACAUUUUGUUGAAACUGAGAAGAAAGCAGAGAUACCUAUAAUAAUGCAUACAGAUUUGCUUAAGGAAAGCCGAAAGGAUGAAAUCUUAAAUGUGGUACAGGUGGAAGAAUAUCCAAUUGAAGUACUGUAUCGCAGUGAGGAACACAUGCCAGUGGCAUUUAAGGGUGCAUUACAAGGUGAAUGUCAGCCUACUGAGAAGAAAGUUAUUACAAAGAAUAUAAAUAGACCUGAGAAUGAGGGUCCACUGGACACAGCAAUAAAGGAAGCUGUGUGUGAACAGCAAGCACAUUAUGAGGAAAUAUGUGCUGAAGGUGAAAAAGAGCAAAAACUCCCAGAUUUUGAAUUAUCAACUAUUGAUGCUGAGGAAGUCACUCAAGCUGAAAUAGAUGAGUGUGUAGUGCACAACACCAUAUUCUGUAUGUCUGACAGUGCUAUAAACAAAGCAUCAGAAAUGUUAGAGAAUGCUGUUCAAGUCACACUAGCUGAAGUAGUUGAAACUGUAACACAUGAUGUCAUAGUCCCAGGGCAAGAUACCAAUAUACAUGAAAUCAGAGAGGAAAUGAGUGAUGUUCUUGCUUCAGCUGUAGUAUGUCCAGAGACAAUUAGCAUAGUUAGAACAAUCUCAAAUUCUGUAAAGCUAGAUGCAGAAGAAUUGAAAAAUUAUGCUCAAAUGGGAAAUGUUCCUUCACUACAUUUUAUGAAAUACCAUGAUAUUCAAGCUGAAGUGAUGAAUACAGAGUUAAAAACAGCAAUGGCAAAUGUUGAAAGAGAACUUGAGUUUACUGCUGCAGUGGUUGUAGCAGGUAUCUAUGACAAAGUAGCAGCAAUCACAAAAGGAGCAACAGGGCAACAUAAGAUUGAACCUAUAUCAGCAGAAGAGAGUGGGGAAAUUGUUACUAGGAAUGUUUUUCACAGCAAUAAAGCUGAAAACAUCUCAGGAAAUUUAAAUGAGUUACCAUGUGAGGAAAAGGACCUAUCAGCAAAGGAAGCCUCUCUUCUUGAAACUGUUACCAAUGAUGAAGGUAGAGCAGCUGAGAAGUUAGAAGACAUAUCCAAGGUUUCUAUAGACCUUGAUAAAUAUAUAAAUACAGAGAUAACUCCUGUUCAAGAUCUCAAAACAAAACAAUGCAUAGGUGAAAAGGAGGAGGUGAGUAGGAAAGAACCAGUCAUCUGUGAGCAACCAAGUCUUCAAAUUGAAUUUGCCCAAAAAGGAAGGCAAUCAUUGGCCAAUACCACAGUAGUGUCACAACCAAAAAGUCAGAAGGAUUCUGAACUGAGUGCAGAUACACAUAUCAAAGAGGCAGCUCCAGAAUCUGUGGAAGAAGAAUCACCAAUGACACGUCAGGUUAAAAGAGCAUGUGUGGAUGCUGCAUCCAUGAUUUCUGACACACAUUUGAAUAAUGUUCCAGAAACCAAUGAAAGAACAGCAAAACCUGAAACUGAUUUUGAAAUCACUACAAAGACAGGUACUCCAUAUACUAAAAUUGAACCUCAAAGGGGCAUAGAGCAACUACAAAAAGAAAUUGAAAGUGAGAAUGAAUCAAGUGAAGAUAAGAAAGUAAUGGAAAAUUAUCUGAAAGUCACUGAAACAAUUUCAGAGAUAUCUAUCAUAUAUGUAGGGGAAGCAAAUAGCUCUAAGGUAGUUUCAACUACUGAUAAGGAGUCUAAUGAUAUUGAAAACACAUGUGAACUACAAAACUAUACAGUUGCUAAGCCAGGAGUGGAAUCUGAAAUAUCUGAGGAGCCAGUAGAAAGCAUUCAGAGUUCUGAAGAAACAUUUUGUGGUGGCAGAGCAAUAGGGACUUCAAGUGAGCCUGUAAGUAUGAAAAAAUCUGAUAAGACCACUGAGGUCCAGUUAAUAGUUAAACAUGAGCAAGAAGCUUUGUUCAAACCUGAACUAACUGAACUGUGUGAACCAGUAGCUACAGAAGUGUGUGAGCUUGUAAGUAAACAUAAAUCUCAAAUAAUAGAAUGUUCUCAAAAGUACACAAACUUUCCAUAUGUGACUGAAUAUGAAGUAGGAACUGAACUGAAGGUAGCAAAGACAGCAGCUUCUGCAUUGGCCAUAGAAACACUAGCUAUGAUGGAAAUAAAAGAGGAAUUAACCAUAAUCAGUACUCAAGAAGACACAGCAGAGUCAGCUGAGCAGGUAACAGAACCAAUGUUCAUUAAGAAUAAAAUUAAGACAGUCACACAGCCACAGGCAGAAAAGCAAGUAAAGAGUCAUCUUGAAGUAGAGAGACCAGAGGUAACUGAAUCAAAGAUAGAAACACCCGUAGUAACAGAGGUUAAGGUGGAAGUAAUAACUGAUGUACAAACAGAAACACGAGUUUUGACAUCAGUACCAAGGAUUUUUGAUACGAUCCCCACUGCUGAAAUGUCAGUGAUUAAAGAUACUAAAGUGCAAUCACACUUUUUAACAUUAAUCAAAGAACCAGAAAUAGCUGCAGGCAUCACUGCAGUAGAAACACUGGCACUGAGGGAAACACAAGCAGUGCGCCAAGAUUCACAGAGAGCAACAAGGGCAGCAGUAGUCCAACUGCCAGCUUUUUUGCCAGUGUCAAAGGAAGCAGAAGUGCUAGCGGAGGCGUCUAAAAAAAAAGGACGCACAAGUCAAGACACCAGUGGCAGAUAAAGUAAAAGAACUACCACUAGAAAUGUCUGUAGCUGCAGAAGUAGUGCAAACAUCAGUGGAUAUAGAGAAAGAGCACAAAUACCAUCUGUGAAAAUCAUUAUGUGAAACUGAAAUCUUGAUGAGGACACAUUUGGAAAGGAAUCUUCAUCCACAGACCAAUU